UCCAACAAUUCUAUGGGCAUCAACAACAGUAGUCAGAAAGGUGAAAAAAUGAUGUCGACAAAGUAUGACAGUGAUAGAAAGAUUUGGAGUGGAGAUGUUGGUUCGACUCCCUUGUUUCACGAUAAUGUAACCUUGGGACGUUCUGUGCUUUAUCUUCUCAACUUGAAUCCUGAGAAGGUUUGCCAAAUUAGUGCUGACGACGGAAGUAAGCGAACGAACGGUGAAAUCUACCAAUCGACGCUGAAGAUCGCCUUCAAUCUUCAGAAGUUGGGCUGCGCGAAAGGCGACGUUGUUGGCUUCGUUUGCAGAAACAGCCAUGAUUUGACUCCAGCAUUCUUAGCAGCCUUCUUCCUUGGAGCUCCGCCAAAUGCUGUCGACGUGGCUUUUUCGAAAGAUGAAAUUCGGAACAUGUUCAAAACCACUUCACCCAAAUUCGUGUUCUGCGAUCACGACGUGACGAGAACCGUCCAGAAAGCGCUCUUGGAACUCGGCAGCAACGCCACAAUCAUCGUGAUUGGACAGAAAGAUGCCAAUUUCACGCACAUCGACGACCUUCUUGACGAUAAGGGCUCUCAAAUGGAGAUCAUGAAAUUGUUGCUGAAUCCUGCGGAAGUUGACAAGAGAUCUGUGGGUGCAAUCAUUUGCUCCUCCGGCACUACUGGCUUUCAUAAAGGAGUGGCUGUGUCUCAUAAAUCCUUACAAUUAACAUUCUGUAACCCAGGAAUGGGUCUUUUCGUCGGACCAACUGAUAAAAUGUUUAGUUUCAGUUCACUUUAUUGGCUUUCUGGAUACACUGCAAUGCUUAUGAGCAUUUUCUCUGGUGUGCCGAGAAUCAUGACGACAAAACCUUUCAGUCCUGAACUUCUUCUAUCUAUUGUGAAGGAGUACAAAGUGUCAAUGCUGAUCACUCCUCCAGCACAUGCAGCUCAACUCCUCAAUUGUCCUCUCCUUGAGAAGGACUCUUUGGCAAACAUAAGGAACUAUAUGUGCGGAGGAAGUUUAGUAACCGCUGAAUUAAGAAACAGGAUACAGCCUUAUCUUCCCAACGGACUGUUCACUAUUGGUUACGGAAUGACUGAAGUUGGAGGAGGAGUUUCCGCUCAGUUUCUUCCAUCAUCUAAAACAUCAGUGGGAACUUUGGGAGCAGGAGUGACUGCUAAAGUCCUGGAUGAAGAUGGACAGCAAUUGGGAAUAAAUGAAGACGGAGAAAUUGUCGUUAAAACUCAAACACAAUUUUUGGGCUAUUACAAUAACUUGAAGGCCACCAAAGAAAUCCUCGACAAGGACGGAUGGAUUCACACCGGUGAUCUUGGUCAUUUCGAUGAGGACGGACUCCUGUUCAUCACGGGCAGAAAGAAGGACGUGAUGAAGUACAACAACUUCCACGUUUCCGCUUCCGAACUCGAGGAGAUCCUGGAAAAACAUCCCGGAGUUGGUCAAGUUAUAGUCGUGGGAAUUCCUGACCCUGUUUUCACGGAUCUUCCGGCUGCUUUGGUUGUCAAAAAAAAUGAAUCGACGGUGUCAGAAGAGGAAUUGAUUGAAUUGGUGGAGAAGAACGUGUCGGACUUCAAGAGGCUUCGAGGAGGAGUUUUCUUCGUCAACGAAAUUCCAAUGACACCAUCUGGAAAGCUCAGGAAAGUUAAAGUAAAAGAAUUGGCCAUUGAGUUGUUCAAGGCUAAACAUUCUGCGAAAAAUGGAAUAUAAAAUUUGUUAAAAUAAAAUGAUUAGUCAAGUGAUUAA